AUGGCAGUUCGAAUAACGCAGCGCGGCUCCUCCGCACUACCCAGCCUAUACUUAGCACGCGGCUUUACCGGCAAUGCGGCGGUAGCCAAUCCCCGGCAGCUGAGUGCAGCGCCGUCGGAAGUACGCCGUACUUCCAGCGCAUUGCUUCGGUCACCAUUCUCCACGACGCGGACGGUUGCCAGAAAUGGUAGCGGCGGUCAGUCGGACAAGAGUUUUACUGCUGUGGCCACCGGAGGCUACGAGUAUCCCGGUAUUCCUCACUUUACGGAUCCGUAUGCCAAGAGGCAAUGGCAGCUUGAGCACAUGGCGGGCGCAUUCCGCGUCUUUGCCCGAAUGGGCUUCACAGAAGGUGCUAGUGGGCACAUCAGCGUGAGAGAUCCGGUCGACCGCGACACUUUUUGGAUCAAUCCAAUGGGUGUUCAUUUCGGUCUCUUAAAGGCUAGUGACAUGGUGCACAUAGAUGAAAAUGGCCAAGUCAUUGGCGGAAACCGAACUGCUGUCAACGCCGCCGGUUUCAUGAUUCACUCCGCCGUCCACAAGGCCCGCCCAGACGUUGACGCAGCAUGCCAUGCACAUUCCAAGUACGGCAAGGCAUGGUCUGCCUUUGGACGGCCUCUUGACAUCAUCAACCAAGAUGCAUGCCGCUUCUGGAACAACCACAGCGUGUAUUCCAGCUAUGGCGGUGUCGCGCUGCAAGAUGAAGAAGGUGUGCGCAUCGCCGAGUCUCUGGGGCCCGAGCACCGCGCCGUGAUUUUGCAAAACCACGGCCUCUUGACUGCCGGCGGCACGGUUGACGAAGCAGCAUACUUGUAUACUAUCAUGGAGAGGUCAUGCGAGAUUCAGUUGAUGGUGGAAGCUACUGGUCUCGAAAAGAAGCACAUUAGUGACGAGGAAGCAGCAUACACGUACAAGUAUGAGGGGAAUGCGGAGACGCUUUAUACCGAGUUUCAGCCCGAAUUUCAAUAUGAAGUUGCCAUGUCCAACGGCGAGCUGGAUGGUGGCAUAGACCCUGGAAAGCAUUAA